AUGGAAACAGCUCAUCCACUUUCAGUUGAAAGUUUUUCAUAUAGUUGGUUAGUGAACCUUAAACCAUCAUUAGAUCAAAGCCUUGAAACUUCUCCCUUUAGAAUUUCUAUUGAUGCUUUUGAUGAAUUAGGUUCUUCUUUCAUUGAAAUGGAUCCAAAAAUGCCACCUUCUAAAAGAUUUUUUAUAAACUCACAAGAUUUCAAAUUUGACUUUCCAAUUUCACAACAAUCUUCUCUCACAACUCUUGUUGAUGCUGAUCAACUCUUUUCCAAUGGUUACUUAAUGCCAUUUUUUGAUGAAUCAUUGAAGAAUAUUAUUGAACCCUAUGAUAAUGAUUCAUCAAAUUCGAAUUCAACAUUACCUUCUUCUUCCAUAUCACAUGUACCCAAAAAAGUGGUUCCUAUAGAAAAUUCAAGAAGCCCUUCAUUGAAAAGGUGUAGAACAUUAUCAAGGAGAAUGUUUCAAAAGUAUUUGAAUUUCUUAAAACCUUUUUGUACAAGAUCGAGGGGUCAAAAACCAGGAUCAUCAAAACAAGAAAAUGGUAUGAAAAGAACUCAAUCAGUGAAGAAUAAUAGAGGAAAUUACUGUGAAUCAUCUCCAAGAAUUAGUGUUGCUUAUUCCGCAGACAAUUGGCGCAUGUCUUGUGAUUCUGAUAGUUCAAUCUAUGAAGCUAUUCUUCAUUGCAAAAAAUCUAUUGAAAGAGUGAGUUAA